UUAAAACAAAAUGGCGGUCCAGUCAAAAGCAGAAAUAAAUUUACGACGAUUACUCGCUCAAUGCGAAACAAUGGCCAAUGAAAUAAAAUCAACUGAUGGGAAACUUAACUGGAGACUUGAGAAAUAUGUCAAAGCUCUUCAGAAACAAAUUGUGGACUUAGGAAAGUUGCCCAGUAAACCAAGCACAGAGGUUAUGAAAGAAUACACUAGAAGAAUCGAAUUUUUGAAAAAUACCAUUGACACAGAAAAAUUGAAUUCUGUGUACGAGAAGACGCUUGCCAGCCAACAAAUUGCUCCUCCGCAUAUCACAACAGACACAACACAUGUCACACCAUUGAAGGUCAGGCAGAUUCAUCAGAAAGCUAAAACACGCUAUGAGAAUGAGGCAAGGAAUGAGCUCUUGGGUGAAGGUGUAGAUGCACAAUUACGAAAUAGAAAAUCUACGAGGAACGUUAACACGGACGAAGGUCUCGACGCUGUCCUAGAACAUCAUCAAAACAUGCAGGAAAAAAUCGCAGAGGAAAUGAUUCAAAUGGCUCAGAAUUUAAAGCACAACUCUCUGGUUGCCAACAAUAUCAUCAAGAAGGAUAAUAAGGCUUUGGAAAACGCCACAAAUCUUGCGGACUCAAACUUCACAAAACUCAAACAUGAAAGCGAAAGACUUGAAGAAAUCACAAACAGACCUUGUUCAUUGUGGGUUUGGACAAUGUUAGCUUGUGUUUGCAUCGUGUUCAUCAUGAUGAUUAUAUUUAUCAGGUUCUUUCCAAAACGUUACUCAGCCAGCAGCUGACAAAUUAUAGAAAUUUAAAGAUUAUGUAAAGUCUCUUCUGGGGAUAUUUUCUAUUCAUAACAAACUAAAUUUUUAAUAUUUUAAAUUUGAAAUAGACAUUUUAAAAUAAUUCAGUAACUCAGAAUAACAACACUACAAUAUGAAUUCGUAUUUUACCUAAGCCAUAUCACUAUCACUUCAAGAAACACAGAUUAACUAGAUUGAUUUCCGAAAUAUCGCCUAUUCUUCCAUUCAAACCUUUAGCCUAAUUAUUCAGUUGAAAAAGCAUUGGACAAGAAAACCAAAGGUCGUAGGUUCGAUUUCCACCGUACUCAAGUUGAUCUUUCAGUUAAUUUUUCAGCUUUUGGUGGCUCAGAGUAGUAUCAUCACAAUACAUAUACCUGAAUCAAUCAAGUUCAUCAUCACUAACAUUCCAACAGUAGCAUCUUCACUGUGUAAAUUUGAAUUCAAUUAAAAUCAGGCCGGAAUCUUGCCUAGUUUGUUACGAACUGAAGAUAUUCGCAGAAUGAUCGAAUUUUACAUCAUCCUAAAUCAAAUAAUUUAUACGUAUAUAAUGGUAAUAACCCCAUUAAUAAAUUAUAAAGAUUAUGGCGUUAUUAAAUCAUUGUCUUCUGUGUGAUUGCGCACUGCACUAGUUUGGUUUGAGUUGAAAAAUUUAACAUUCUGUCUAGUUGAUGGUAGAACUAAUAGUCGGUGAGGUUGUCCUGAUUUUGGACACCUAAGUGAAAAUGAUGUUGGUUGCAUACAACUAGUUACUUUAGGCAAACAGCAUAUUUGCAUUAUCAUAUCAUAUUUGCAUUUGCAUUAUCCACAACUGACAUGAAUUUUUCAUUCGGAAUCUCUAUAUAAAUAUAUAUAUUA